GUGAGUCGCGCGGAGGGGCUGUGACUAGAAGUGGUCUCAUUUCUGUCGCACGGACGGAGCGAGUGGUCAGAAAAUAAACUAGAAGAGAUUUGAAACCAACGUCCGUGACUCGGGAAUCUUUCCCAGUGAGCCGAGUUUUUUUUUUUUUUUUUUUUUUUUUUAGACUGAGCUGCCGCCGGUCGGUGAGCGUGACUUUUUUUUUUCUUCUUCUUCUCUUUCUUUUGACAGCUGCUCUGCUGCCAGACUGACCAACAUCAGCGAGCAGGAGGCGAGCUGUCAUCAUCCGUUCAGCUGCCAGAGAGGACUGACUAGCCCUGCAGCCGUGCAUCCUGACAGUCUCUGCCUCCAUCUGUGUGUCUGAGUGUCCACGAUGACUUGGUGGAGGCUUGACUCGUGGGUUCCCUGCUGACACCUCCGAUCCCCAGAUAUCCACUCCGACUCCCCCUUUUCCUUGCGCUUUUUUUUUUUUUUUUUUUUUUUUUCGCUUGUGGAGAGCUCCUGCCUGUCUGAGCUGUCACCAUGGCUAGCCUGGUGCUCAACGAGACCGGAAUGGAGGACUGUGGGAUCGACGACUCCUUCAAGUACAACUUGUACUCUGUGGUUUACAGUGUGGUCUUUGUCCUUGGGCUCAUAACCAACUGUGCUGCCCUCUUCGUGUUCUGCUUCCGCAUGAAGAUGCGCAACGAGACCACAAUGUUUAUGACUAACUUAGCGUUAUCUGACUUGGUGUUCGUGUUUACGCUGCCCUUCAAAGUCUUCUACAACGUUAACCGCCACUGGCCCUUCGGAGACGGACUGUGCAAGGUAUCAGGAACAGCCUUCAUCACCAACAUCUAUGGGAGCAUGCUCUUUCUCACCUGCAUCAGCGUAGACCGCUUCCUGGCAAUAGUCUACCCGUUCCGGUCGCGCUCCAUCCGAACGCGCAGGAAUGCGGCGCUGGUGUGCGCUGCCGUGUGGCUGACUAUCGUGGGCGGAGGAAUAUCGGUGACUUUCUUCUCCACCAUCAACAGCACAAACAGAGCCACCACGUGCUUCGAGGGCUUCUCCAAGAGCACCUGGAAGACCUACCUGUCCAAAAUCACCAUCUUCAUCGAGAUUGUGGGUUUCCUCAUCCCUCUCCUCGCCAACUUGGUAUGUUCCUCGCUGGUUCUACGGACUCUACGUCGUCCGGUGACAGUUGGCCACGGCUGUGACAGCAAGAAACGCGUCCUGAGGAUGAUUCUGGUCCAUCUAGCGAUCUUUAUAAUUUGUUUUGUCCCUUAUAACUCUAUCCUUUUCGUGUACGCCCUGGUGCGAACCCAGGCUCUGGCUAACUGUGCUGUGGAGCGCUUUGCCCGAACACUUUACCCCAUCACUUUGUGCCUGGCCUGUCUCAACUGCUGCCUGGAUCCCGUGGUUUACUACUUCACCUCGGAGAGCUUCCAGAAGAGCCUGACGAUGGGAGGGAAAGGGUCCGGCUCCCGGCCUGAGAGUAUCCCCCGCAGCGACACUGAGACCCAAGACACAGUAGGCAAUCUCCCCAAAGACACACAAGCUCUGGCCAGCAAUGGAAAAGAGACAAAGGUGUCUGAGAGUCAAUUCUGACCCACUGGGGAAGGAAGAAGUUAAAGAAGGACAAGGAGGGCUUGGCAGGAACCCUGAAACAUGAGAAAUAAAGCUAUCAGCUUUUUGGUCCCGAAAAUCGGCAAACGCAUAACUCACCAGAUUAGUUUAGUCCUGAGGUAAGUCCUGAGGUAUGGCCUGGGCUUUAUGGAUUAAUCCACCACUGGAGAGCAGACAGAGGAAUGUAUCUGUGUUUGUUAUGAGAGGACAUAACAGGGACCAGAGGCGCACCGGGACUACAGUGAUAGUCCAGAGGCUUCUAAAAGACACUCCAACGCAUCAUCACUACGGUUUAACACACACAAACACACUUUAAAAUGCACUGGAUUGUAGAUGAGGUAGAGAUUUCCGUCCACGAUGUCGAAACAUGCUGUUACGUACCUUUCAAAAACAAUGAAUCCUGUUAAAACGCUAUAAAGUUCAACGUGCAUUGUAUCAUGUUAUUGAUGUUGAGUCUGUGAUGUGUGAGAACUAUUGUUACCAUUGUAUACCAGCGGUUUGUUGACCCGCUGAGUUAACUGUCUAAUGUUUAAGUCUGAGACCACUAAAAGUCUGUUUUGAAUUGC